AUGGAAAAUUCGUUUAAUUUCAGUAACGAAAAUCGAAAUCAAACACGUCGAACUGGUGUAUUAAUCAUUGGUGCAGGUAUUGCUGGUUUAGCUGCGGCAAAAACAUUAUUAGAUAACGAUUAUCACGAUUUUAUAAUACUCGAAGCACAAUCAAAACCGGGUGGACGUAUUCAAUCGUUACAUUUAACGGAAUCAACGAUUUUAGAAAUUGGUGCACAAUGGAUUCACGGAACGAAAAAUCCUUUAUAUACGCUCGGAAAAAAAUAUCAUUUAAUAUCAGAGAAACGAUCACAAGAAGGUGCAGGGAUUUAUUUACGAAAUGAUCGAUAUCAAUACGAUCCGAAAUUAAUUAUGGAAGUUGAUCAAGAAGUUAUGCGAAUUUUAACUGAUUGUGAACAAUUUUAUCGUUCAUCGAUUCCAUACCCGAAAUCGGUGGGGGAAUAUCUUCAAGAUAGAUUCGAGGAAUAUUUAUCUCGAUGCGAGAAUGAUAAUGAAGAAAUACAGAAAUUAAAACGACAGAUUUUUAAUUGGCAUGUUCGAUUUCAAGUUAUCGAUAAUUCAUGUCAAUCGUUAAAUGAUUUAUCAGCGAAAUUAUGGGGUAGUUAUUCGCUAUCCAUCGAACAAGACCAUAUUAACGUCUGUAAUGGUUACGAAAGUAUCAUCAAAGUUUUAUGUAACAUGUUACCAAAAAAUGUGCUCCAAUUAGGAACUUGUGUCACAGCAAUUAAAUGGAAUUCGAAUACGGUUUUUAUCGAUUGUAAAAAUGGUCAAAAAUACGAAGCAGAUUUUGUUAUAUGUACAAUACCAUUGGGUUAUUUAAAAAGGUAUCAUCAAAAAUUAUUUCAGCCACAAUUGCCAAAAAUUAUGUGCGAUGCAAUCGAUAAAAUUGGUUUUUGGGCGAUUAAUAAAAUCUUUUUAAAAUUUGAACAAAAAUGGUGGGGAAAUGUUCAGGGAUUUCAAUUAACUUGGAAUGAUUUUGAUGUACCGAAACGACAAUGGUAUCAUGAUAUUUCUGGUUUUGAUGAAUUACCACGAUGCGAUUUGAAUAUUUUAAUUGGAUGGAUUGGUGGUAAAGGUGCAAAAAUUAUCGAGGAUAUUCCAGAAGAGGAAGUUGGAAUUUGUUGCGUGAAACUUUUAAAGAAAUUUACUGGAUUAAAUGUGCCUAAUCCGGAACGAGUUAUUAGGAGUAAAUGGCUAUCAAAUCCUUACAUCUACGGAGCGUAUUGUUAUCAUUCCGUGGAUUGUGAUGAAGCUCAAGUAUCAGCGGAAACAUUAUCCAGACCAAUUUUAAAUGAAAAUAAUGUUGCCGUAAUGACAUUCGCCGGGGAAGCAUGUCAUAAAACAAAUUUUAGUACAACACAUGGCGCCUAUGAAUCCGGUCAUAAUCAAGCGAAUAUCGCUUUACAAAAAGUAUUAAAUAAUAAAAAUUGCUCAACAGGUUUAACUGCCGAUAAUAUUUUAUAA